CUGUCUCCACAGGACGUGUUCCACUGGGCCACCAGGAUGCGUUGUUCGUGACCGGCAGUGCGAGAGAGGACUCACCGAACAAAGUCGGCGUGUAUGAUGUCGGCAGACUGGAAUACCGCGCCAUCCGAGAACUUGUUAGACGACGGGUUUUAUUUCGCUCUUUGCUAAUUUAGGUGGCCUGCAAUGCAAACAUGAGGUUUUACGAAGCAGACAACAGAUCAGUGGUCAUGGAAAUUUACGAUCAGUUUUACUUGUUUGAUCUUGAAAAGAUGGACGUCAGCAUCGUGUUUCCGGGUCGAGUAGUCGAUACACGAGUGUGUAUCUUGACCAAACGGAAGCAACUCCUCGUGACGUCACGUUUUGGCAAGAACGUGAAACGGUACAACAUCACAAACGGCUGCAUUGACGCCAUAAUAAAAACUGGACACAAGAAGGAGAUCUACCAAGUUGUGAGCGAGGCUCAUAUCGCUGUUUUACAGGUAAACGAUCCGGGAACGCUCGCCGCAGUAACGGUUGAAAUGGGACCCGUAAUGGUGAUGGACCUUGUCACCCACUCUCGCAUGUAUGAGAUCUCAAACAGUACGUACAGGAGAUGCGACAGUAUCUUUACCUUUCAGAAUUAAACAUACGUUGGAAUUUCGCGGCAUAUAUCGUUCAAUAUAUUUUAAGGUUUACGGCGUCUCUUUUUCUGUGUACGCAUUACAUACUAGCAUGACAUAUACUACCAACAAAGCUUUUAAAUGUUGUUGUCAAGAUCAGCUUAUGGUUUUCGCUCCAUAUGUUAUAAGACUACGAAAGUGUUAUCGACCAAUCAACUAUUAAGUAUGAACGUAUGUUUUAUACCAAUGAGUCUCUCUCUUCCUGUUAAUCUGUUGAAGAAAUUCAGUUUUAUUCAAACAAAUAUUUAUUUUCUGUAAACACAUGUUUGCACCCUUGUCGCUAAUUUGAUUGCCUUUAUAACUUAUAUUAUCCGCGUUCUGUGAAUACUGGGCUAAAUGCAUGUACGUAAAAUGUCGUCCCAGAUUAGCCUGUGCAGUCCACACAGGCUUAUCAGAAACGACCCUUUCUGCAUAGAAUGGAUUUUCGUUUAUAUGAGACUUCCUUUAAACGAAACAUUUCAUAAAGGCCGUAAGUUCACAGGCUAAUCUGGGAGGAUUCUUU